GCAGCAGGAGCCGACACUUACGUUUCAUCUAUUCUCCAGGUCUCUCAAGAACCACACCAGACUACGAAGCGCUUACGGUACAAUGUGGAUCCUAUAUCUUCGCUGUUUUGUAUCGACCACCUGAUGAUGAAGCCGCUACUGGGUGUUACCGUGGUGAAUGGCGAAGUCGUCUUUGAUGGCUUGGCUUGGUACAUCGUUCAGACUCUGCAGGAGUUCCUGCGGUUCAACAUGGAGCUCCACACUACGGACGAGCAGAUCUGGUCCGGUCGACGUCCUACCGGAGAAUGGGGUGGUCCACUGGGUAUGCUUGAGCGAAAUGAGUCAGACAUAUCGGUGCACCCGGUGAUACCGACAGCCGACCCCCUUACGGUAGGCACCCCACUACCAGCCUAUGCUUUCUCCAAUCCACGCUUCUUUGCCGGCACGCCAAAUGCGUACUUGACCAGCGUGUUUGGAUACUUGAUGAGCUUUGAACUCGAGGUUUGGUUGGGCCUGCUGGUCUGUUGGCCCUUGGUCAGCUUCUUUAUCUCCAUCAUCGAAGUGGUGCGGUGUCGAGCUCGCUUCAAUGACAUCAUCGUCGAUAACCUCUUCGACAUCCUUGGGAUUAUGAUGUUUGAAGGCACAAUACGUCCUGUGCGUGACGCUAUUGGCCGUGUGGUCUUCGCCGUGUGGUGGCUGGCUGUACUCGUACUGAUGAACUCUUUCCAAGGAACCAUGAAGGCCAGCAUGAGCGUCAAGACGCCCACCGAGCGACUGGAGACUUUCCGCGAUAUCGCAGAGAGACCUCACCUCAAGCCAAUCCUCAUACGAGGAACGACGUUCGAACAUCAGUUCAAGGUGUCUCCUGAACCAGAGUUACAGAAGAUACUUUCCAUGGCACGGCGACGACAAUCAAUCUUGCCAGCUUCAAUCGUCUUCACGCGUCAGAUUUUCGACGAGAUGAUUGCUGAGCGCUCCAUCAUUUUCAUGGAGGACAACGUCAUGCAGAACUACAUCGCCGCUCUGUAUCCGCAGAAGCCAGGGGAGGGCCUGAUCUACCCUUCGAAGCAGCACACCAUAUCUGCCCAGUUCUGCAUGCUGAUGCGCAACACUCUUCAGCCCAGAGUCAAGAAACUAUUUCACACAAGAUGUCGCUGGAUGCACGAGUCUGGACUAACGGAGCGUAAGCGGCUGCAGCUGCAGUCUCGUUCCUGGUACCUCAUGCGCCCACCGUCAUCGCAAGUGCACUCGCUCUCCUCCGAAGAUACCGCAGCUCUUUUCUACAUGGUGAUGCUGGGCCAAGCCCAAGUGAUGGAGGUGCCGGUUUCGACUACCCUGGAACUUCAAAGUCGCACUCUAUCCCACAUCAUGCCCGACGACGCGUGCAAUUCUCCAAGUCCUCCAAAGGCACCACCCACCCUGGUUUGUGCCCGUGCCUUGCGUCAGCACGAUCCCCCUAUCUUCUCCGGCACAGCUGACAAAGACGUUGAAGAUUGGAUCUCCUCUUAA